UCGGAAAGAUUUGGAAUACAUCCUUGACUUGAGUGAAUGCAAAAUUCUUUUUGUCCUUGACGGUUUGGAUGAAAGUAGGCUCAAGCUGGACUUUGGGAAAUGUAUUUGUACGCUGGAAGCAAAGUCAUCAGUAGACAUUCUCAUAACAAGUCUCAUUAAAGGUACGCUAGUGCCCUCUGCACUCCUCUGGGUUACAACCAGACCAGCUGCAGCCAGUCAGAUCCCAGCAGAAUGUUUCAACCUGGUGACAGAGGUUCGAGGAUUCAAUGACCUCCAGAAAGAUGAGUUCUUUCAGAAAAACAUAAACAACCCAGAGAAGGCCAAGAGAGUCAUUGAUCUUAUCAACAAGAAUAGAAGCCUCCACAUCAUGUGUCACAUACCAGUAUUCUGUUAUAUUAUAGCCAGUGUGAUGAACAAACUACUGGAAGAUCAGAGCAAAGAAGAAUCAGCCAAAACUUUGACAGAAUUGUACACAUUGUAUAGUGUCUCUCAGAUAAAAAGAAUGGAUGACAAAUACUCAGAUGACAAGAAGAUGAGUGCAGAAGAAAAAGGACAGUUCCUUGUUCAACUUGGGAAAUUGGCAUUCAAACAUCUGGAGAAAGGCACCCUGAUCUUCUACAAAAAGGACCUGGCAGAGUGUGACAUUGAUGUAAAUUGGGGAGCACUGCAGGCUGGAGUUUGUACACAGAUCUUCAACGUAGAGAGUGGUACAACUGGAGAGAAUAUGUUCAGCUUUGUGCAUCUCAGUGUACAGGAAUUCUUGGCAGCUCUUUUUGUUCUUCAUGAAGGUGUUCUUCAAACAAAUUCCUUCCUCAAGACACGGAAAGAGAAGAUCAGAUGGUGGUUCAAACACUCAAGGUUUGAUCUUUACAAAUGUGCUGUGAAAAAGGCCCUACAGAGCCAGAACGGACAUUUGAAUCUUUUUGUCCGUUUUCUCCUUGGCCUGGCUCCCAUUUUGGAGCCAGAAAUCGGGUCCCCCCUGAAUGUGGUUUUGCCACAGUUAGCUAUCAGAGAAGUGAGCAUCAAGAAAACAGUUCAAUACAUCAAAGAGAAGAUCAGGGAAGAUAUCUCACCAGAACGGAUCAUCAACCUCUUCCACUGUUUGAACGAGUUAGGGGACAACUCACUGGUUGAGGAGAUCAACAGGUACAUAAACUCAGCACAUGAGGAGAAUACCCUGACUCCAGCCCAGUGUUCAGCUUUGGCUUAUCUGCUGCUGAUGUCAGAUAAAGACUUGGAUGAGUUUGAUCUGAAGAAAUACCUGAGAUCAGAGGAAGGGCUCCGCAGAAUGCUUCCCGUAGUGAAAGUCUCUAAGAGAGUUUGGCUAAAUCAGUGUCACCUCUCCAAAGCAAGCUGUGAAAUGAUGGCAUCAGUGCUGCAAGGGACACCUUCCCAUCUGAGAGAACUGGACUUAAGUGACAAUGACCUGCAGGAUGAAGGAAUGGAGCUGCUCUGUGUGGGACUAAGAUAUCCACAAUGCAAGCUGGAGACAGUGAGGCUGAUCGGUUGUCUCAUCACACAUGAGGGCUGUUCUUUCUUGGCCUCUGCCCUAAAAUCAAAUCCCUCCUACCUGAAACAGCUGGAUCUGAGCUACAAUCACCCAGGAGACACAGGUGUCAGAGAACUCACAGACAGACUGAGUGAUCCCAACUGUAAACUAGAGACUUUCAGGUAUGACCAUGGAGGAGAGCUCAGGAUUAAACCAGGACCGAGCAAAUGUGAGUGAUUUUAUUCAUUUUUCCUUGAAAAAAUACAUGCACAUGAUUGUAUAUGAACACAUGGAAACAUUUUGG